AUGCCCAUUACUCAAGUUAUAUCAGCUUCUAAUGGCGAAGCGGGCUCGAAACCAAGUAUCUCGCUGGUGCCUGAUAAGGCAUCUAAACAGGAAACCCCCCUUAAACAUCAUCGUCUUUCCAGAUCGCUUUCAAAGCUCAAGCACUGGCGGGGCAGGUCAAGCAGUGGUUCAUCGAUAGAUUCAGCUGAACAGCAUGACUUGCAAGGGAGACUUAGUGAAGCGUAUGACAAUGAUGCUGAUAAUGGUUACAAUAACGACAACGCGGAUGAUUUGGCAAAAUCGAAGUACAUGAUGAAAAGCAUCGCUGGUCUUUUAACGACUGCGAGUGUGUAUGCUGGUAUGAACAAUGCUCAAGAGAUGAAUGCCCUGGCCCAGAUUGACUCUGAAGAAUCUGAGUCCAAUGAAAGUAGCCAAGUGAAGCUGGGUAAGAAUGAAGUAAAAAGCAAAAAGGAAAACCUCAAAAGUGAAGUGAGUCCAGAAGUGCCGUCAGGAUCGGAUAAAAGAAAACCAACAUUAUUCGACUUUUCAGUAACUAGAGAAAAAUUAUCGAAGGACAACGUUACUAAACUAAGGCAGCGCUUUUGCCUGGACGAACAAGAACCCUUUUUGAAUGAUUUCCCAGCAUGGCUACUUAAAGAUGUGUUGGUUCAAGGCCAUAUUUUCAUCACGAUGAAGCAUUUCCUCUUUUUUGCAUAUCUGCCCAAGAACCCUCGGUCUGUUAAAAUGUCUGGAAACCUGAACAUUAGGACAAAACUCAUUCGAUCUACUAGGUAUUGGUGUGUGCUGAAAAAUCAUUUGUUUUCAAUGUAUACCUCAUCCACUGAACUGUAUUUUCCUGUUUUAACCAUAGAUUUGAGAGAAGUCCAAAAAAUCGAAACACAAAAAAAUACCCUGAACGGGAAUACAGUAAAAACUUUCAAGCUUUCCACAAAUGAAAACAUAUUCAAGUUCAGUGCAGAUUCAGAUUUUUCCGCUAAAUCAUGGGUGAACGCUUUGAAGAAGGAGCAAUUUGCAGCCCAGAAUUCGGAAAACAAUUCGAUAAGUUUGAAAAUUCCACUGCCAAACAUUAUAGAAAUAGAUGAUCAACCUAUUGUCAAUAAAGCUUUGACUUUAAGGUUAAGGGCUUUGGAAAGUUCACAUACUUACGCCAUCGAUGACUUCAUGUUUGUUUUCAUGGACGGGUCCGGCAGCCAGAUCAAGGACAGUCUUUGCCAACAAUUAACUACGUUGCAGAAAUCUGGUGUUAAUACACUUUAUAAUGAUAGUCCUUCUAAAAAUGUAAAAUCAAUUGAUGAAAAGGAGGCUCCAGCCCCGGCUGAAGAUCAAAAAGUUGAAAAAGAUGAAAACAAGGAUUCGAGAUAUUUGAAUGUUCCAAAUUCAGCAGUACCUUCUUCCGAAAAUGGUAAGAAGAGUAGAUUUAGAUUCAGAGGAAGAAGUAAUAGUUGGUUUCGUAGGGCCAAACUCCUUGAAGACUCGCAAAUAGAGGAUGUGGAAGAAAUAUACAAGGAUGCGACUGAUGAUAUAGACUCCUCCGUGCAUUCCACAAUUCAGGUGCACGAACAAGAAGACAAUCAGGAACAAAUCAUGGAUUGGAAACCAAGUCAUCUCAAAAAUUUUGCUGAGAUGUGGGCUGCUAAACCAAUACAUUAUCGGAACGAAUGCAUUGAGUUUGAGAAAAAUGAUACGUAUUUAAUAAAAGUAGCAGAGGAGGUGUCUGCCAAUGAACGAUUCAGGUACCAUUUCAAGUUCAAUAAGGACAAAACUCUAAUCAGUACCUAUUACACGUACCUGAAUAGAAAUGUACCCGUUUAUGGUAAAAUUUACGUAUCCCAUGAUACUAUAUGCUUCAGAUCCUUGUUACCAGGCUCUAAUACACAUAUGAUUUUGCCAUUGGUUGAUGUAGAGACAUGUUACAAAGAACAGGGCUUUCGAUUUGGCUAUUUCGUACUCGUUGUCGUGAUUCAUGGUCAUGAAGAACUAUUUUUUGAAUUUAGUACUGAAGUAGCGAGAGAUGAUAUUGAAUGCAUUAUUCUAAAGCUCUUGGAUAGCAUAUAUGCAAGCAGUGGAGAAGGAUCAAAUCUCUCAUCUACUUCGAUUGGUGAUGUACAGCAUAAUCCCGAUUCAGCGAAGCUAAAGCUGUUCGAAGACAAAAUUAAUGCAGAGGGGUUUGAGGUACCGUUAAUGAUUGAUGAAAAUCCGCACUAUAAGACAAGCAUAACACCAAACAAAAGUUAUAAGUUUGGACUACUCACAAUUGGUUCAAGAGGCGACGUUCAACCCUAUAUUGCCCUCGGUAAGGGUUUGAUCAAAGAAGGCCACCAAGUGGUGAUCAUAACACAUUCCGAAUUUCGAGGCUUUGUUGAAAGUCACGGAAUUCAAUUUGAAGAAAUUGCUGGCAACCCGGUAGAACUUAUGUCCUUGAUGGUAGAGAAUGAAUCAAUGAAUGUUAAAAUGCUAAGGGAAGCGUCGAGCAAAUUUAGAGGAUGGAUCGAUGCCCUUUUACAGACAUCUUGGGAGGUCUGUAAUAGAAGGAAAUUUGAUAUUUUGAUAGAGUCGCCAUCAGCUAUGGUUGGAAUUCAUAUUACUGAAGCAUUACAAAUUCCUUACUUUCGGGCGUUCACUAUGCCAUGGACAAGGACGAGAGCAUAUCCACAUGCUUUUAUUGUGCCAGAUCAAAAGAGAGGCGGUAAUUAUAAUUAUUUAACCCACGUCCUUUUUGAAAAUGUUUUCUGGAAAGGAAUUAGUGGACAAGUGAAUAAGUGGAGGGUGGAGACUCUUGGGUUAGGGAAAACAAAUCUUUUUCUUUUGCAGCAAAAUAAUGUCCCUUUUCUGUAUAACGUAUCUCCAACAAUUUUUCCACCGUCAAUUGACUUUAGCGAGUGGGUGAGGGUUACAGGAUAUUGGUUUCUUGAUGAUAAAAAUACAUUUACGCCAUCACCUGAAAUAGAAAACUUUAUUUUAGAGGCAAGAUCAAAAAAGAAAAAGUUGGUAUAUAUCGGCUUCGGUUCGAUCGUGGUCUCUAAUGCAAAAGAAAUGACGGAAGCUCUUAUUGAAGCAGUUGUGGAAGCAGAUGUCUACUGUAUUCUAAAUAAAGGUUGGUCAGAAAGGUUAGACGAUAAGACAGCAAAGAAAGUAGAGGUAGAUCUCCCGAACAAUAUACUGAAUACUGGGAGUGUUCCUCAUGAUUGGUUGUUUCCACAAGUUGACGCGGCCGUUCAUCAUGGCGGUUCUGGCACCACAGGCGCUUCAUUGCGCGCUGGUUUACCCACUAUUAUUAAACCUUUUUUUGGUGAUCAGUUUUUUUAUGCCGGUAGAGUAGAAGAUAUUGGUGUUGGCAUUGCUCUAAAGAAACUAAACAGCCAAACAUUAGCGGAUGCCCUGAAAGUAGUUACGACAAACAAAAUUAUGAAAGAUAGAGCGGGGCUAAUAAAAAAGAAAAUUUCCAAAGAAGAUGGUAUUAAAACUGCAAUAAGCGCCAUUUACAAUGAACUCGAGUAUGCGAGAAGUAUUACUUUAUCGAAAGUAAAGAGUUCGCGCAAAAAUGAAGAAAUUGUAGAUCCAAUCAAAUUACCAUCGGCAGAAACAACAGAUGAAGCAUGGACGAUGAUCUAA